AUGCUUUUAGGGGAUUUUAAAUUUGUUCUUGUGUCUACACUUGAAGAUAAUUGUUGUUCUUCUUCUUCUUCUUCUUCUUCUUCUUCUUCUUCUCUCCAUAAUUAUUCUCUUUCCUUUUUCAUCCUUUCUUGCCCUUCUUCUUCUUCUUCUUCUUCUUCUUCUUCUUCUCUCCAUAAUUAUUCUCUUUCCUUUUUCAUCCUUUCUUGUCCUUCUUCUUCUUCUUCUUCUUCUUCUUCUUCUUCUCCUUUAUUUCUUCUUUUCCCUUUCAAUUCACUUCUUUUUUCCGCCUUUUCAACCAACAGUUUUUUUCUUCCAUCAUUUUUAUUUCUUUUUUUUUUCAGGCUUUUCUUUCUAUUCAUAAAGCCAUAUUCGAUGGAAGCGUUAUCUAUCUAUCUAUCUAUCUAUCUAUCUAUCUAUCUAUCUCAGUCUGACCAUAUCUACCUAGAUAUAAAUCUAUCUAUCUAUCUAUCUAUCUAUCUAUCUAUCUAUCUAUCUAUCUCAUCUAUCUAUCUAUCUAUCUAUCUAUGUUUGUGUUUAUCUAUCUAUCUCAUCUAUCUAUCUAUCUAUCUAUCUAUCUAUCUAUCUAUCUAUCUAUCUCAGUUUUUUGUUCACAUCUAUCUAUCUAUCUAUGUAUCUCAGUUGAUCUAUCUAUCUAUAUCUAACUAUCUAUCUGAGUCUGUUCAUAUCUAUAAAUGUGUACCUCUCUCUUCCACUUCAAGUAUUUUUUUUUUGUUUUUCGUCCGGCAGCGUGUUACACGAAAUGAAUCCUCCUUCGUCAACCACCCAAAGGCAAUAUGUAUAUCAACCCACUCGUUGGUAGCGGGCGUGCACGUGCCGCUUAAGCUGAGAAUUAUUGAGUCGAUGGCGAACCUUUCGCUGGAAGGCGUAUCAAAGCGCCAAAUUGACGACGGCAAAAAUCAAGACACGAAUCAAUAA